AUGCGUGCGCGUAAAGCGCGCGACCCCAUUCAAGAGGAUGGCGAGCGUGAGAGUCGGAUGGCCUGUCAGUACUACGGCGAGCAGAUCCGACUGCCCCAGGUGAUUUCAGGACCACAAAAUGAUGCAGACUUUGAAGAGAAGGUCAAACAGCUGAUUGACAUCACAGGCAAGGACCAGGAUGAGUCUAUGAUCGCACUGCACGACUGCAACGGGGAUGUCAACAGAGCCAUUAAUGUGUUGCUGGAGGGUAGCCCAGACACUGACUCUUGGGAAAUGGUGGGGAAGAAGAAAGGGGUGUCAGGCCAGAAGGAGACGAGCCAGGCAGAGAUCGGAGAGGAAGGGAAAGAGAACAGGGAGAAAGGAGGAGAUAAGGAUGCAGCACGUCGUCGCGGUGGAGCUCCACGCAGGGCCCGUGGAGCCAGCAGGGGACGAGAGUUUCGUGGUCAAGAAAAUGGCUUGGAGGGAGCCAAGGCUGGAGUAGUGGGAAGAGGUGCCGAGCGAGGCCGACGGGGAAGAGGCAGAGGAAGAGGGACUGUCGGGGUAUCUGGACGGCGGGGAGGCAGAUUUUCUGCGCAGGGCAUGGGCCAGAUUGAUAAGGGGCCCAGAUAUGAUAUUGCAGGCGGUGAGAGUACAUUCAACCCUGCUGACUACGCGGAGCCAGCCCAGACAGAUGAAAACUACGGCGGAGGCAGCACCUGGAAUAACACAGGAAGUGGGGAGCUUGAGGAGGAAGCUAGGUCGGAAUACGCUCCAGCAGAGGGAACACAUUUCCCGCCCAAGUUUGACUCUGCUCCUGGCGCCUGGCGGGCGGCCACUGAGGAGUGGGGCACUGAGGACUGGAAUGAAGAUCUUUCCGAGACGAAGAUAUUCACAGCUUCCAGCGUGGUGUCUGUGCCACCGCCUCAAGAGAAUGUUACCAUCACCAAAGGACAGAGGAUCGACCUUGCAGUGCUCCUGGGCAAGACUCCCCCGUCCUCCUCCUCAGAGACAGAAAACCCCCCCAUGGAGGCCGCCCAGCCCUCCUCCUUGUCCCAGUCAAUGGUUUUCAGCAACUCCAAGCAAGGGGUGCCGCUCUCCCAAACAUCCUCCAGCACCCCUUACACCCAGCACAGCAUGGUCAGCAUGCUGAGCAAGAGUUUCGGGGAGGUAGUGACCCUAGGAGCCAGCACAGGGACAACCGGCUCUCAGUUCCUGGAGCAAUAUAAAAACAGCCCAGGCCACUUGCCCAGCUGGCAGCCCAGCACUCCCAAACCGGACACACCCAACACAACCCAUUCUUCCCUGGGACACCAGUGGACCCUCACUGGGGACAAUACGAUCAGCCAGAGCAAGCUGUCCAUUCGCCCUUCACAAAGCCGGCAGCCCUACCAGACCGGCACCUCGUCCAUGUUGGAUGUGUUCCUGCAGGACAAAGGGCCUGCCUCCUUCCUCAUCGUCUUCUCCCUCGCCCCACGCGGUUGCGCUCCGCCAGCUUCCUCCCUUCCCAAAAUGCAGCAAUUCCUUCUCUAG